GGCCAUCUCCAGACCAAUUGAGCGUGUACACCACAAGAGUGCCGUGUUUUUGUCUUGCCGGACGGACGGACUGCAAGAUGGUCGAUUAAUUAAUAUAUUUGUAUAUUGUAAAAAAUGGCAUACCGACGUUUACCGAAGCGGGAUUUUGCCAAUACGGCCUAACUUUCACGAUUACCAAGCGAUCAUUGUAGUGUUGUGUUGUGUUGUUUGGAAGGUGCGGUGUGUAAGGAGCCGUAGUACCGCCGCCCGCUCGGAGUCAGCCAGGCGACGUGAUUCGUGUCCGGCAGAACCGCUGAUACCCCAUGGAGACCCUCGCCAACCGUCACCCAACACAUUUGAUCGGCAGCCGCUCCACGAACAAGAGUUUCCCGGGCCCAGAACCCCAUAUACAGUAUCACAUCUGUCGCUGCAGUAGCAACAUGCUUCUGAAAAUUGAGAACACACUACUCCAGAGCCAUCGUCAAAGAGAAACCACUGGGAUCAAGAAAUUGUACAAUUCCUUCUUCGUCCUCUUCUAA